AUGUACUCUAAGGAUGAUACCUCAGCUCCCAUGGCCACUGCCCCUUCAAGGGAGAGUGCGCAGUUACGGGCAACAUGGGGUUCAUUGUUCAACUUUACUACCAGAAGCCAUCUUCCAACCCUCAUCCUCUCACUGAUCUUCGCUUUAGCUGCUGGCUUAGUCUUACCAGCGCUUGCCGUCGUCCUGGGAUCUGUGUUCGACAUCUUCGCAUCAUUUUCACCUGUUUCUUCGUCUUUGGAAGACCUACUUCAGGAGGUAGUGAGCUGCUGUGUCCAGCUGGUAGGCCUCGGUACUGUCAGUUGGCUCUUGGGCAGCGGCUAUUUUGCCUUUUUUACCGCGUUCGGGGAACAGCAGGCAGGAAAUGCUCGCAACAAGGUCUUCUCAGAGCUGCUUAAGAGAGAUGUGGAGUGGUUCCAGAUGCAGAAAGAUGGCACCGGGGCUUUCUUGUCUGUUCUACAAGCCCAGAUUCAUGAGUUGCGGGUAGCAACGUCACAGCCUCUUGCAUUCGCUUUCCAUUAUACAUUCCGCGGCCUUGCCAGCUUAGCGUUAGCAUUCUAUACCUCCUGGAACCUAACCUUGGUCACCCUGGCCGGCAUUCCGAUCUUCUCGGGGAUUGUAGUCCUUCUCUCCUCUAAGAUACAACCGAGCAUCGAGGCGCAGCAGUUGGAGCUUAGCAGUGCGUCCAAGAUUGCAAAUAACGCCAUAACCUCCAUUGCUACCGUCAAGUGUCUUAAUGUACAAGAAUCAGAAUGCCGCAAAUUCUUCUCUCGAAUUGAGAGCGCUGCCCUACAUUACCUCAAGCAGGCGCGGGUGAACUCCAUCCAGUUGGGAGUUGUGCGGUUGAUGGGGUUCAGUCUGGUCAUACAGGCUUUCUGGUAUGGUCAUACGCUGAAAGUCGCUGGGAAGCUCUCUUCGGGAGAAGUCUUGAGGACCUUCUGGGCUUGCAUAAUUGCAUCUCAAUGUAUGGAACAGGUCCUUUCGCGGCUCAUUCUCCUGGAGAAGGGCAAGGUUGCCGGGGCUGCGUUAAAACGAAUUGUGGAAAAUCGACCAGUAGAUGUAGUGGAAGGCAUCAGUGCCAACGAAAUGAGAGAGAAACCGUAUCCUCCUCAUUUCAAGGGCGAUAUUGAAGUGAGCAAUCUGUCGUUUGCCUAUCCAUCUCAGCCUGAAACUCGCGUCUUGGAAUCAGUCAAUCUAUUCUUCCCGGCCGGUGAGACGACAUAUAUUAUUGGGAAGAGCGGUUCUGGGAAAAGCACUCUGGGACAGCUGCUCAUGCGGUUCUACUCACCUUCUUCUGGCGAAAUUGCUAUCGAUGGUAUCCCAAUUGAGACACUAGACGUCAACUGGGUUCGGAACAACAUCACUCUUGUCGAACAAAGAAGCGUUCUCUUCCACGAAUCCAUGCUCACAAACAUCGCUCUUGGUCAACAUGACUUCGAGCGAGUCAGAAAAGAAGAUGUACAGGAAAGUGUCGACCUAGCGAUGCUCCAGAAUGUGAUCUCUGGCUUGCCCCAUGGUAUUAAUACGUCGGUCGGCCCCGGGGGCAGUUUCCUGAGUGGAGGUCAAAGACAGAGGGUUGCUAUCGCAAGGGCUAGGUUAAGGGACACCCCCAUUCUUAUUAUGGAUGAGCCUACAAGCGCUUUGGACUUUGUCAAUCGCAACGCAGUAAUGAAGGCCCUUCGAAAGUGGCGCAAAGGGAAGACGACAAUUAUAAUCACCCAUGAUAUCUCCCAAAUCCUUGACCAGGAUUUCGCAUAUGUCCUGGAACACGGUUCGGUGGUACACUCGGGCUACAAAAAUGAGUUAGAGAACAUACCUGAGCUCAAUAAGUAUUUCCCCCCAGGAGACAAGGAGGUGAAUUCUGCAGACAAUGGCGACAAUGCCGAUAGCGCCGACGAGAGCAGUUCUUCGGAUGAUUCUGCGAUGGAUGUUCCGUUGAGCUUAGGCGGCAGUCUCUUUUAUGGGAACAAGCACAGAACAUUCGAAGACGCCUAUACACAGGGGGCCCGACUGAGAGUCCACUCGGAUAUUCAGGGCUUCAAUCGUCAAAAUUUGGCACUUCCUAUACCCCGUCGAAAUAGCUAUGUUCAACGGGAUCGGAUUUCCAAGCUCCCUCGUAUGAGCAUGCUUGAGUUCGAUAUAUCCCAGACAGUAGAAUCAAGCACAAAGAAUAGGUCACUUCCCCGUCAGAAUAUUCCAUCGAUUUACUCUUAUCCGAUGGAGCGUCCGACAGACAUGCCUAGUCGGGCAUCGAUGAGCCAGCGACGGGUUCCGAAAAGAGAGAAGCUUCGUUCCCAGAAGGAGGGCAAGGAAGACAAGAUGCUGUCUUUGCGCGAAAUCAUGCUCACUAUUAUUCCGAGUCUGACAGGUCGUCAGCGUCUUGUUCUACUAGCAGGUUUCUUAAGCGCGUUUCUUCAUGGAGCCGCUACCCCCGUUUCUGCGUAUUUUAUUUCGCAACUCUUUGAGUCAUUCUUCAACGCCAGCACGCAGAUGGCUACGAAAUGGGCAAUAUACAUUAUAGGCAUCGCUAUCAUCGACUCGUCCCUAGAUGGUACAAUGCAUGGUUGUCUGGAAUACUGCGGCCAGGCAUGGGUCGACUCUCUUCGCAAAAGAGCUUUUCACAAGAUCCUCGAUCAGCCACUUGUGUGGUUUGAAAAAGAUAGAAACCGGCCGUUGAAGCUCACUGCCUGCCUCGAUAGAAACGGAGAAGAAAUGAAGGGUAUAGUUGGAAAAUUUGCCGGUUUCAUAGUGGUUGUCAUUGCCAUUUCAGCUAUCUCUAUUACCUGGAGCCUUGUUGUCUGCUGGCGGGUGACAUUUGUUACUCUGUCAUCUGGUCCAGUCUUAUAUGCUGUGACAAAGGGCUUUCAGGUAGUAACGGGAUGGUGGGAGAAGAGAUGCAAUGAAGCCUAUGACGUUGCGUCGGCUGUAUUCGCGGAAACAUUUUCGGAAAUAUGUACGGUCAGAACGCUGACACUGGAGCCCUAUUUCCAUCGGAAAUUCCUGAAGGCUGCGUCGAACUGCAUGAAGACUGGGUUUAAAAGGGCUGCAUAUACCGGAGUCGUAUUUGGAAUCACCGACUCCCUGAUCUUUUUUGUGAGCGCAUUGGUCAUCUAUUAUGGAACGUUGCUGAUAACAUCAUGGGAGUCAACCGUCGAUGACGUCUUGACAGUUGUGUCAUUGCUUCUUUUCAGCAUGGGAUACGCAAGCUUGGUGCUAUCAUUGAUUCCUCAGGUAAGCACAUCGCGCGAUACGGCUGCUCAGAUACUGCGUCUUGUAAACCUCGGCGAAGGAGUUUCGCAUGAAUAUCUUGGGCAGCUGGAACCCGUCCGAAUGGCACCCGUGACAUUUUCCCACGUCCAUUUCAAAUAUCCAUCGCGACCGGAUGUGCGAGUUCUCCGAGACGCUUCCUUUGUCAUCCAUGAAAACUCAUGCACGGCGAUCGUUGGACGCUCUGGAUCCGGAAAAUCAACUAUAGCAUCGCUGCUAUUGUCACUAUACGAAGCUCCAGCUUCCAGGAGAGGUACAUCGAGAAUUGCAAUCGGAGACGUCGACAUCCGGGAACUACGCACCCCGAUACUUCGCUCCUUGAUCUCAGUUGUGUCUCAGCAACCGAUGCUCUUUCCUGACACGAUUCGUGCAAAUAUCAGCUACGGACUAGAGGAUGAUUCACCACUGAAUACAAUGCACAACAUCGAAGCUGCUGCGCGGGCAGCCGGGAUCGACGAGUUCAUUUCCUCUCUGCCCUCGGGCUAUUCCACCAUGAUCGGCGACGGAGGCACCGCGCUAUCCGGGGGACAAGCGCAGCGUGUGGUCAUUGCGCGGGCACUCGCCCGUCAACCGAGGAUCCUGAUUCUGGAUGAGGCGACGUCGGCUCUGGACGCAGAGAGUGCAGAGAUCAUUCGACGGACUGUGACGAGGCUAGUUGCUUCCAGAAAGGACCUGAGUGUGAUCAUAAUUACGCAUUCCAAGGAGAUGAUGGAGAUUGCAGAUUCUGUCAUCAUGCUGGAAGAGGGCGAGGUAGUCGAACAGGGCCCAUACCAGGAACUUGCUGGACGGUCUCGUGGGAGGUUGAGGGCUCUAAUUGAAACCCCGGAGGAAUGA